AAGGAACUCGAAUUAACUGACACAGAUGAACAAAAAGUUAAGGACUGCAGUGCAUUAAGAAUUCUUGCCCUGGUUUUAUCACUGAGAUGUGGAGCGGUCUGCUACCUCCUGGUGUGAAUGAAGCUGAUGUUUCCCUAAGUUCAGAUGAUGAAGAAACUGUGUCCCGUCCUGAGCUUAUCUUAAAUGAAAAAGGAGAAGAAAAGGAACUCCUAGGCAAACAGACUAUUGAUCAUGAGAAAAAAAAUAUAGCUGAAAACCAACUUCCUUCUGCAGAAGAACAGGAAUGUGUGGCAUGCCUUCCUGGAAUUUCCUUAGAUAUGUGGAAUAAAUUUCAGAACCUGCAAAAGAAAAACCUUGAGAUGAAAAAUCAAGAAAAAUGUCAGAGAGAUAAGCGACGAAAGAGAAAGCAUUCCCGAAAAAAUGGUGAAAUGAAAAAGAAAAACAGUGAAGAAAUAACUGAAAGCCGACAAUCCAUAAAGGAAAGCCACUUAAAAGAGCUCACUCAAUAUUUUGGAAUCAAUGAUAGGUUUAAACCAUUUGCAAGCAAGGAAACUACUCCAAAGUCUGGCCUUGAAAUCAACAUAGACAAAUGUUUAGCUGAAGGUAAUAUUGCUCAAGCUGAGGAAUUAAGUGAUAGAUUAGCUACCCGAGAGCUUGGUGUGAAAAUUGCCAAAGCUGUUGCUUGCCGAAAUUUUGUGAAAGCAAAGCAAGAUGUAGAGGCUACUCAAGAGGCCCAAAAGAAGAAAAAACUUGCAUGGGGUUUUGAAGCCAAGAAAAGAUGGGAGACAAAAAGCAACAUGGGAUACAUGUAGUUAGUUCUGCCUAGGAAGGCUGAAAAAUUGUAAAGUGGGGGAAAAGGUUUGUUAAUAUAUAUGAUACAUAAAUUAUACUUUUAUUUGUUUUUAUUUUGCAUUAUUUCUGCUGCUGGAUGAGUCACAGAAUAAUUGGUUUCUCUUCCACAUGUUACAGUAUUUCAGGUAUUCUACCUUUUAAAUCUUUCUGUCUUUUUCAUUACAGAAAUCUUCAAGUUGUAAAAUAUUUUAUCAAAAAUUAUUAAGAU